CACUCUUCAGAGGAUUCCAGAUGUGUGCCCUGAAGGAGAGCACAUUUUCCCUCUGCUGGAGGGUGGAAGUAGCUGUGUGGAUAAGCUAUAAGGAGGACUUGUGGAGAAAUGCAAGUACAGUAGCCGGGCGAUGCUGGCUGAGGGCGAAGGCAUGGCCGGUCCCUCGCUGUGUGCUGCCGCCUCGGCGGCCUCUCCGGACCCGCACAAGGUGCCCGGCUUUGGAGAGAGUAAAACCACACACUGCUCCUUUUCCAUCGAGAGUAUAUUGGGACUGGAGCAGAAAAAAGAUGGCAUUCCAUCUGGGAAACCUCACAGACCCUGGAUGGAUGCAUGCACCAGCUUGGUUUUAGGUGAUGACAGUAAUCCCCACCUGCAAAUCCCUGUUGUUUGCUAUGAAAAUCCAUUAUUUCAUGCUAGAAGUGAUCCAGUGCAGGAGGAAAACGUUUUGAAAUGUGAAAAAUAUUUUUCAGUCACUGAAAGGCUGUCUUUCAAACGAGAAUUGAGCUGGUAUAGGGGUAGAAGACCAAGAACUGCAUUCACUAGAAACCAGAUUGAAGUCUUGGAAAAUGUUUUUAAAAUGAACUCCUACCCUGGCAUUGAUAUUAGAGAAGAGUUAGCUCGCAAAUUAGAUUUAGAUGAAGACAGGAUCCAGAUCUGGUUUCAGAACCGUCGUGCAAAGCUGAAAAGAUCACACAGAGAAUCUCAGUUUCUAAUGGUGAAAAAUACUUUCACCUCCAGCCUGCUGGAGUAGAAGGAAGGAUGGCUUGCUGUUACAGUACUGCUACAGAAAAUGAAGAAUUAUUCAAAACCUGUAUUAAGUAAUGA